CCAGAAUUCAAUCCAGCAGCGCAGCCAGAACCAUCAGCCGGAUUUGGGAGAACAGCCCUCAUCGCCUCGCCACACCACCUCCCUCUGAGCGGGUUGAUGACCGACCCUCCAACACAUCCCACCCUCUCGACAUCCCCCCGACUGCCCCUCCUCCUCCCUCGCGUCAUCACCCAGGAUCUCUACCCGCAGGCCACGGCGAGCCUCUCCCCCCACCAUGCCGCCGUACUCUAGCGCCCAGAAGCAACAAAUAAUGCAAUUUGUGAACCUGACUCAAGCCAAGGAUGCCGUCGCUGCAAAGUUCUUGAAAGCGGCCAGAUGGAAUGUGGAGGAGGCGAUUGAUGCAUACUUCCAAAGCCCCUCAGGGGCUGGAGGCAGCACAUCCGCCCUGAACAAGAUCUUCGACAGCUAUCGAGAUUCCCCCACCGACAACCCAGACGGCAUCGGCAUCGAAGGCGCCAUGAAAUACCUCGCAGACAUCCAAGUCGAGCUCGACGAAGUGACCUGUCUGGGAAUCGCCGAACUGCUCAAAUCCCCAUCCAUGGGCGAAUUCACCCGCGAGGGGUUCCUGAACGGGUGGAGAGCUACGGGAUCCGACACCCUCCCCAAAAUGACCACCCAAGCCUCGCACCUCCGCACCUCCAUCCCCAACCAACCGGACCUCUUCCGGCGUAUCUACCGAUACACGUUCCCACUGUGCCGGAUGCAAGGGCAACGCAACCUGCAAUUCGAGAUCGCGGCCGAGCAAUGGCGGCUGUUCUUCACGCCCGACAGCGGCGGCGUGCAGUGGAGUACCCCGACGACGCCGUGGCUGGACUGGUGGAUUGAGUUUCUGGAGGAGCGCGGCAAGAGACCCGUCAAUAAGGAUCUGUGGGAGCAGUUGGAGGUGUUUAUGCGGAAGUCCCGCGAGGAUGAGGCGUUUGGGUGGUGGAGUGCGGAUGUCAAACAUAUCUUCAUCUCAAUGCCAGAGCUAAAUGAUGACGAAUAUGUCCGGUCAAAUUAG